GCUCUUUCAGUGUGAUUAAUGUGAUAUUCAGUCAGUGCUGAUGGUGGGAGGAGCCAGUAAAGCUGCUCAUUACUGAUAAAGAGCUGAAUAAAGAGGAAGUAACUAAAGCAGACAGAUGUAGAGACAGAGAGAUUCACACAGAGAUCAUUCAGCAGAAAGAAGACUGAACUCAACUCACAAUGAAGAUCCUCCUCAUCUUCCUCACUUUCUACCUGAUCUCAGCUGCAGUGAGAUGCUUUAGCGUCACGGGAUAUUCUGGAGGAAGUGUUCUGGUGGAUUCUGGGAAACUUUGGUCCAGUGACUCUGCUAAAUAUAUGGCCAAAUUACCUGAGUGGAGUGUAAUAAUAAAUGAUAAGAAACAUGAAAAAUGGAUUAAUGAAGGACGAUUCACACUUUAUCGAAACAGUGAAGGAAACCUCAUGAUCUACAUCAGAGAACUGAACACACAAGAUACUGGACGAUACGCAAUUGAUGUUCUUCAGAACCAGCGUAUAUAUAUGACUGUGAAUGUGAAAGAAGAAGAUUCAUGUUGUAAAGUGUCAAAGAGAGUGAUAGUGAAUGUUGGAGAAACUGCCAGUUUCAGCUGUGAAUAUUCACAGAAUCACAUUAAUGAUCCUAAGAUCAUAUUCAAAGAAGAAAAAGACUCCAUUGAGAUGAUUUACAGCAGAUGGAAGAAGAAAGAAAGAUUGAGUAUUUCUGAUGACAAACAUAAAAACAUCUUCAGUGUGAGGAUCACUGCUGUGACACCAGAUGAUGGAGGAGUUUAUUUAUGUGGAGUUUGGAUCGACAAACAAUCUUACACUUACUCCAUUAUUAAUACUGUUCAUCUGCAUAUUAUGACUAAAGUGGGCUUGUCUAGAGUGAACGGCUCCUCAGGAGGUGGUUUGAUGAUCAAGUGUGAACAUCCUCAAUACAAAACCAACCCAAAAUACAUCUGUAUAGAACCAGACGGAUGUUCAGAGAGGAAGAAUCCAGGAGUUCAGGAGCAGGAGUCUUGA